AUGGAGUGCGUACAGUUCAGGCCUUGCUUCCUCAUCCUCUUCUCGGCCCUCAUCCUCACCGCGCCCGUUCGCUCGCACAUUGGUGAUUUCGACGAUUUCUGGCAGAAGCGGGCUGAGGCUUCCCGCGCUAAGGUCCGUGAGUCUUAUAACCCCGACCCACAUGGGGCCACCAACGACUUCAAUAGAGAUGUGUUCAUGGCAUUGGAGAAGAACAAUACACACAGAUCCCUAAUAUCAAGGAAGCGAAGUCCUACAGAUCCAUGCUGGGCCACAAACCCCAUUGAUCGAUGCUGGCGCUGCCAAUCUAAUUGGGCCAGUUACCGCAAGAGAUUGGCCUUUUGUGCUAAGGGCUUUGGCCGCAAUGCCAUAGGUGGUGUCAAAGGUCGCUUCUAUGUAGUGACAGAUGCGUCCGACAAUGAUCUUGUCAACCCCAAGCCGGGGACACUUCGCCAUGCCGUUAUUCAGGCUGAGCCAUUGUGGAUAGUGUUCGCCCGUGACAUGGUGAUCCGCCUCAACGAGGAGCUAAUAGUAAAUAGCUACAAAACCAUCGACGGUCGUGGCGCCAACAUCCACAUCGCCUAUGGCGCCCAAAUCACCAUCCAAUUCGUCCACCACAUCAUCAUCCACAACCUCCACAUCCACCAUCUCAGCCCUGGCAACGGCGGCAUGAUCCGCGACUCCCCUUCACAUUAUGGCAUUCGCACUCGCAGCGAUGGUGAUGGCAUCUCCAUCUACGGUGCCUCCAACAUAUGGAUUGACCACAUAUCCAUGUCCAACUGUGCUGAUGGCCUAAUAGACGCCAUCAUGGGAUCCACCGCCAUCACCAUUUCCAAUUGUCACAUGACAAAUCAUGACGAUGUAAUGCUCUUUGGCGCCAGCGACUCCUUCGCCGGGGAUGCCCUUAUGCAGGUAACGGUUGCCUUCAACCACUUCGGGCGUGGACUCGUGCAACGGAUGCCGCGUUGCCGGUGGGGCUUUGUCCAUGUCGUCAACAAUGACUACACACAUUGGCAAAUGUACGCCGUCGGGGGAAGCCAGCAUCCCACUGUUAUCAGUCAGGGGAAUCGAUACAUUGCUCCGCCGGAUAUCAACGCCAAGCAGGUGACGAAAAGGGAUUAUGCACCGGAGGCUAUCUGGAGCCAGUGGACGUGGAAGUCGCAGGGUGAUCUGAUGAUAAAUGGAGCGUUCUUCGUUGAGUCAGGGCAACGAUUUAUUAGCAGAUACACGAGGCAUGAUAUGAUGAGGGCCAAGCCAGGGACGUUCGUAACCAGGCUCACACGCUACUCUGGGACCCUUAACUGCAAGAUCGGAUUGCCUUGCUAA